CAAAUAUUAGAUUUUUUCAGCUGCAAUAAAUCAAUCAUAAUGGAAGCUGAGAUGAAAAAUUCGACCCCAACUGAUCAGGAACAAUAUGCAAAGGCUACUUCGGACAAUAUCAAGGCUGCUAGACAAGAUAUUGAUAACCUCAUCAAAAUAAUUCUGCUACGGAAGAAAGAAUGUGAUGAUAUGGAAAAUGAAACACGAUACAUGAAAGAGUACGUAGCUUCGUUUAUAAGUAUGGGAGAAUUACAAAAAAAGUAGACAGUCUAAGAAUGAAACAGGGCAACUUUUUUUUGUGCAUGAAAUUAACCCAAUUAAUUAUCAUAGGCAACAACUGCAAACCGUCUACCACCAUACUGACAAUCUUUCGAUCAAUUAGCUUUGAGCCUACAAAGAUUGUAUAUUAAACAAUGAGGAGCACCCAUCUUUCCAGACCAGGAUCUUUGAAGGAUGAUCCUCUUCGUCCUUAUGGAGAGAAGUCGUUGAAAAGAGCAAGAACAAUUGCAGGAACAUCUACUACGGCUUCAACCUUACAGAUGACACAGCUUUCAGGGCUUACUGUUCUGUCUGAGAUUAACACGAAUAUACGUGAAAAGAGUUACUCUCCGUAUAUGAGAUCAAGGCUGCGUGAGAAUGUUUCAGGAAUUUUUCUGCAAGAUGAAAAUUUAGGAAUAAAGAUAAAUGGCGAUUCGGAAUUAGAGCAGAAGAAUAGUUUAAAAAGUAAAAGUAUUCCUGGCUUAUAUCCUAGACUAUCCAUUGAGGGAAAAAUUUCUCCAGAAGCAAGGAUUCCAAGUCUCAAAAAUCAAAACUUGUUUGACGAAAUCAACGACGAGCCUGAAAUUGAACAGUCUUCAAGUAAAUCAUUUGUUACCCUAAUAUCAAAAAACUUUAAUGGAUUGAGCACCGUAAAGAAUACAUUUUGCUCAGAGGAAGAAAACCUUUAUGAUGAUGAAAGCGAAGCUAAGCACAAUCGGCAGUUCACAAGCGUCGAAUUUGAUGUCCCAAAGAUAACACUUUUGGAUGACUCUGCGCCUUUGGAUUUGAGUCAAGUUAAAAGAAGACUUGUACCAUAUGCCAGUCCUUUUUUCCAGACUAUUGAGUUCAACCCCUUUGAGCCAACUGAUACUGGGAUUUUGCUAAAAAUUUUGAAUCAUGAGUUUGAAAGUCUUGAUGACGAGAAUGACGACGAUUUAAUGCAGGAAAAGGAAAAUAAAAGGAUUCCAUGGUAUAGAGAACUGCUAAACUUGGAAAAAUACUACACCCAAUUUAUAAAUUGCUUCAAGCCGUUGAGUAAGGACGAAUAUAACUCCAAAUAUCCUUGGGAUAAGUUUUACGAUCCAGAACUUUACUAUGACAAUGAGAUGGAUGAUGAAGGAGUUUUGAAUACAGAACUGCUACCUGAAAAUUUGCACAAUAGUAUAUCUUCCGAGAUUAAUGAUUAUAUGAAACCCUACUCCUAUAUUUCUAGAAGGAGGGGGUAUUGAUACUGCCUUGUAAUGGUAUUGCUACAUAGUUACAUCUUUGUUUUGGAUUCACUUGAUAAUAUUCAUAAACAUCAAGUAAUAUUUGGUAUUUAACUAGUUUUAUAUCAUUAAAAAUUUGUUCUUAC